UGAACCCCUAGGCUAAGGACUUCUCCAAAAGCUAAUUGGAGUCAGGAGUCAGCUAAUCUGGAGUCCAAUCAAUAAGAUGAGAUUGGAGAUGUUGGUUAGAGCUGCCUUGCCCUAUAAAAAACACUCACAAAAUUUGAGUUUGCUAUUCACAACAAGCAUUGCCUGAUGUGAACCAUGCCUCGAACAAAGAGGUCUCAGUAGACCUAAGAUUAAGAUUUGUUGGCUUGCAUAAAGCUGGAAAAGGUUACAAAAGUAUCUCUAAAAGCCUUGAUGUUCAUCAGUCCACAGUAAGACAAAUUUUCUAUAAAUGGAGAAAGUUCAGCACUGUUGCUACUCUCCCUAGGAGUGGCCGUACUGCAAAGAUGACUGCAAGAGCACAGCGCAGAAUGCUCAAUGAGAUUAAGAGUAAUCCUAGUGUCAGCUAAAGAUUUACAGAAAUAUCUGGAACAUGCUAACAUCUCUGUUGAUGAGUCUACAAUACGUAAAACACUUAACAAGAAUGGUGUUCAUGUGAGGACACCACGGAAAAAGCCACUGCUGUCCAAAAAAAACAUUGCUGCACGUCUGAAGUUUGCAAAAGUGCACAUGGAUGUUCCAUAGUGCUACUGGCAAAAUAUUCUGUGGACAGAUGAAACUACAGUUGAGUUGUUUAGGAGGAACACACAACACUAUGUGUGGAGAAAAAAAGGCACAGCACACCAACAUCAAAACCUCAUCCCAACUGUAAAGUAUGGUGGAAGGAGCAUAAUGGCUGCUUUGCUGGCUCCAAAAUUCCUCCUGAUCGUUGUGCAGGUCUGAUCCGCAACUACAGAAAAAGUUUGGUUGAGGUUAUUGCUUCCUAAGGAGGGUCAACCAGUUAUUAAAUCCAAGGGUUCACAUACUUUCCCCACCCUGCACUGUGAAUGUUUACACGGUGUGUUCAAUAAAGACAUGAAAACGUAUAAUUGUUUGUGUGUUAUUAGUUUAAGCAGAUUUGUCUAUUGUUGUGACCUAGAUGAAGAUCAGAUCAAAUGUUUUGAUCAAUUUAUGCAGAAAUCCAGGUAUUUCCAAAUGGUUCACAUACUUUUUCUUGCUACUGUAUAUAAACAGACAGUGUCAGUCUCAUUCAUCUAAUUUACCAGUGUUAUUGGUCAAUUCUAAUUAGUCUUUAAUCAAAUGGGAGAGGGAUUAGCCUAAUUUUGACAGUUGAAUCUUCAGAGAUCAGAUCGGACAUUGUCGAUGGUCACGGUGGGGAGAGGCAAAUUAUGUGAUGACGUAGGCGCGAAGCUUAAGCUUUAUCAGCGUUGUACCAAUUUGGACGAUCCCAAUAAAUAACGGAAAGUUCUUAGUCGUUCAAAAAAAGCCAACGAGCCAUUUGAAGGAGUUCAGUUGUAGCCGUAGCCUACAGUACAAAUUGGACGAAGCACUUUAGACGGAACAAGAUGCCAGAUUCUACUAUUCCACUUCUCUGCGUCCUGGGGCUCCUCGCGCUCUCCUCUGCAUGCUACAUCCAGAACUGUCCGCGAGGCGGGAAGCGCUCUUUUCCUGAUCUGCAAAGACAGUGCAUGUCAUGUGGCCCCGGAAACCGGGGCCUCUGCUUUGGCCCCAGUAUCUGCUGUGGGGAAGGGAUGGGCUGCUACGUGGGCUCCCCAGAGGCAGCUAGUUGUGUGGAGGAGAACUACCUGCCCUCUCCCUGUGAGGCCGGAGGAAGAGUGUGUGGGUCUGAGGAGGGACACUGUGCUGCACCUGGGGUGUGCUGUGAUGCGGAGAGUUGUCUACUGGACCCAGACUGCCUAGACUACACUAAACAUCAGCCACCCAGCGAGCAGAACAGUUCCUUGAUGGAGUGGAUGCUGCAUGCCACCAGGAGGGAGAGACCUCAGUAACAAACCACUGGCCAGCCCUCACCAAAACACACACCCAGAAUAGCGCCUAGAUCAGUUUCACAUGCACUACUACUGCAAAACACCUACACAGCAUACACAUACAACAGGACACAGGAAAGGAAGAGUGGGUUUGCUACAUAAGAAAAGCAAUCAGCUCUAGUACAUUAAUAUUUACUGUGCUUACAGUAGCCUUCAGUAAGUUUUCAUUUCUAAGGCUUCAACUCAAAUAUGCAUUGUACAAUCCACUAGGGGUGGAAGGAAUGUAAAUAUGUAACAAAUAAAUAUUUUCUUGCACUA